GUGCUCAUUAAUAUACACUCAUGAUUUUGGAGAACUAUUUUCAAGGUCCUAGUUGAGCGUACGUUUUAUCCUUCUGCCGUUCGUCCUGCAUCGAAAUAGUUAACCAUGCCUAUAAGGAACAUCAGUGUUUAUCUAACGCUCGUGUUUUUCGUGACUUUAGCUUGUGCCCAAAAUAGGGAAACAGUCACAGGAUGUAUAGCCGGCAAUGUUACCAUGAAGUUUAAACCUGCAUUGUUAGAUGGCAAAGAGGUGAAGGCCUACAUAUGGAACAAGGUCCGGGGCGUAAACAUAGAUCCAAGCUUUGCCAAGUUUGAACCAGGCGCUUCGCCAGAGUUUGAGAUAUAUUUUAAUGAAGAGCACCAGGUUCAGAAUCGAUUAAUCCACUAUCCCGAGGAGCCUGCUACGUUAUACCUCACGAAUUUAAAGAAAAGUGACGAACAGUGGUACACCAUAGUUAUCAGCUAUGUAGAUUAUGUUGGAACACCAACAGAAUGGAUCAUAGACCUAGUAGUAGAAGAUGUUUGUUUUGAAAAACCAAAAGAAGUGGGCAAGUGUGCAGUAACAACAUGUUAUACAGGAGACAAUGGAGUACUGAAGACCCCAGAUGGUGCGAGGCAGACAGUGAUGGGAUAUAAACUAGUGAAGGUAUGUGAUGAUGCGACUUCAGGCAACUAUUCAUGCUGUAAUGCUGCAGGAACCUGUCUUGGUCAACCCUUACAAGAAUCCACAGACUUGGAGCUUAAGAAAAGGCAUGGAAUCUUAUCCAUAUAACCAAAAGAAUGUGAUCAAGACCUUGUGUUCUCACAAUAAGGAUGUUUUUCUUGAUACCUUGAGGAGAAUUAUCAAAGAAAAAAGAUUUGAAGCCGAUUAUGAGAGAGUAAAUUUAGGAGUUAAAAUAAAAUGUAAUGGAGAAUCAAUUUUGCAUAGAGUAUUAAAGUACAAAGAUUCUGUUA